AUGGCGUCUGCUGAGCUUAGGGACGAGCUGAACUGCUCCAUCUGCCUGAGCCUUUAUACGGAUCCCGUAUCCCUGAGAUGUGGACACAACUUCUGCCGCUGGUGUAUUGUAAGUGUGCUGGAUGCACAGGAGACAGGCGGAGUGUAUUCCUGUCCUGACUGCAGAGCGGAAUAUCCAGAGCGUCCGGCCCUGGAGAAGAAAAUGAAGCUAAGUAAUAUAGUGGAGCGUUUCUUAUCUACUCAGCCUGAUAUGGAGAAGACCAGAACCUUCUGUAGUUACUGCACAAAGUCUCCUGUACCAGCUGUGAAGUCAUGUCUGCAGUGUGAGAACUCUCUAUGUGAUGACCACCUGACCGUCCACAACCAGACGAUGGACCAUGUAUUAUCAGAACCCACCAGCUCCUUUGGCAACAAAAAAUGUUCCAUCCACAAGAAGGUUCUGGAGUAUUACUGCCCGCAGGACGCGGCUUGUCUAUGUGUGUCUUGCUGCCUGGUUGGCAAGCACAGGGGACACCAGGUGAAACUUCUAGAUGAGACUUCAGAGAAGAAGUUAUUUAUAAACAUUAAGGAGCAACUGGAAAUUGCAGAAAAGAAGGUUCUGAGCGAGAUCUCCAGGCAGAAGAUUAAGAUGGUGUCCAAAAUAGAUGAUCUGAUCAAGAAGAUGGAAAUAAAAAAGGACGAGCUGUCCAGGAAGAUGCAUCAUGUGGAGGAGAUGUGUCGCAUCACUGACCCAAUAAGACUCUUACAAGAAAGUGACAUUACAGUAUGUAGUCCUGGAGAUGAUAAGGACACAAGGGGUGAUGGUGGACAGACUAAUUCUGAGGCGGUGGGACUGGUCCCAGAACAAGCUGAAGUUCAUGUGUUUGAUAAACUGCAGGAUAAUGAGACUGACCCAAAAACCGUCCUCCAAGAAUCAUACCAAAGCGCAUCCGUUAGUGACAAAAGCAUGGUGACAGAAGAAGAAGCUGCAGUCAGUGACGAUGAGAUGGCUGAUGAUCUGGAAGAUGUUUUGAUCUCAUCAAUUUUACACCGAUCUAUAAAGGAUGUUGUCACCUAUGUAACAUCAGAGCUUGAGUUCCAUGUUCCUGACAUACUGCUGGAUGUGGACACGGCUCAUACAAUUAUGGGGUUAUCAGAAGAUCUGAGAACAGCAACAUAUUUAGAAGAAAACCAGGGCCGACCAGAACUGCCAGAAAGGUUUCAAACAUACUGCCAGGUAUUAAGCCGAAGUAGCUUCUCCUCAGGACGACAUUACUGGGCAGUAGAGUGGAACCAGGCAGGGAAAUGGGGCAUUGGAAUGUGUUAUCCCAGUAUAGAAAGGAAUGAUCAUCAGUCUAGUAUGGCCUAUAACGAUAAAUCUUGGUGUUUGAUUCUGUCUAAUAAAAGAUGUUCAGCAUUUCACAACUCAGUCAACCUAGGCUCUGAUGUAAAUCUAACUUGUCCAACACUUGGAGUCUUCUUAGACUAUGAGGCCGGGCGUCUGUCCUUCUACGAGCUGUGUGACCCCAUCAGACACUUGCACACCUUCCGCACUUCCUUCACUGAACCCUUACAUGUUAUCCUCUAUGUUUUUAAAGGAGCCUCUGUUAAAAUAAGAAGCUGA